AUGUGCCAUACCAAGAAGAUAACGAACAAGCUUCCUGAAGAAGUGUGUAAUGGAGAACGAUCAUCAGUGAGUCAUCUGAAGGUGUUUGGCUCUAUGUGUUACAAGCAUGCUCCUGAUGCAAGAAAAAGGAAGCUUGAUGAUAAGAGUGAACCUGUGAUUCUGGUAGGAUAUCAUAAGACUGAAGCAUACAGACUGUUCAAUCCAAUUAAUCAGAAGAUUAUGUUUAGUCGAGAUAUUGUGAUUGAUGAAAAUUCUGCCUGGGAUUGGAAUUCUAGUAAUGCAAUUGACAAGCCAUUGAUGAGCUAUAAUUUCGACAAAGCAAGUCAAGAUGUCGAAGUAGAAGAUAUUGUCUAUAUUAGAAUUGAAGUCAAAGCUGUUAUUAACAUAAUCAACACAUUCAAAUUCGAAGAGGUUAUGGCUAGCACAAGUCAGAGACCUCAAAGAACUAAAGCUAGUCCAACAUGA